GGGGGGGGAGCCCGGAGCGGCGGCGGAGGGCGGUGGGGCGAGAGCGGGAGUGGCGCGGAGGGAGCGGUGCGUUUGCUGCCGGGAAGGGACGCGCACCGGCGGCCGGCCGGGCGAGCAGAGGCGGUUCCGCUCUUGGCGGAAACAAGAAACGGGAAAGGAAGGGAGCGGCAGUGGGAACCGGUAUCGGCGGCCACCAUUAGCGGCGGCGGGAGGAGGAGCGGCAGGCACGGGGGUCUGCAGGCGGAGCGGAGCCUGGGUGCCGCCGCCGGCAGCGAGCGGGAGCGUGCCUGCCGCCGCCUCCCUCUAAUUUGUGGGUGGCCGCCGCUGCCCGCCAGCCAGCCGGGGGGCUUCCCUGGAGCCGGGGCGAGGCUGGCUGUAUCAUUGUCACGAAAAGAGUUCGAACUGCUGUUGCUUGCUUUCUGGCCUAAAGACUGAUCUGAGUGCAGUACGUAAGAUGGAGCAAUUAUCAGAUGAAGAACUUGACCAUGGUGCAGAAGAAGACAGCGAUAAGGAAGAUCAGGAUCUGGACAAGAUGUUUGGGGCCUGGCUGGGGGAACUUGACAAACUCACACAGAGUUUGGAUACAGACAAGCCUGUGGCACCAGUGAAGAGAUCACCUCUCCGUCAGGAAACCAAUCUUGCCAACUUCUCAUAUCGCUUCUCCAUGUACAAUUUGAAUGAAGCCCUGAAUCAAGGGGAGACUGUGGAUCUAGAUGCCCUCAUGGCUGAUCUCUGUUCCAUAGAGCAGGAGCUCAGCAGCAUUGGGUCUCAUUCAGCAAACAAUGCUGCAGUCAAACGCCUUGCCACAGAAUCUAAAGCUCAGAAACCAUCUGCUAGCCGACCUUCUACUAAGCACAGCAGCAUGAAAGGAUUAUCCUCCUCAUCUGGUAAGGUGACUAAACCAUCACAUGCCAACGUGUCUUUGGAUGACAUCACUGCACAGUUAGAGAAGGCCUCUUUGAGCAUGGAUGAGGCAGCCCAACAGUCUGUUGCAGAAGACACCAAACCAGUAGUUACUGCUCAGCACAGGAGGACAGCAUCUGCUGGCACAGUGAGUGAUGCUGAGGUGCGCUCAAUCAGUAACUCCUCCCGCUCCAGCAUAACCUCUGCAGCUUCCAGCAUGGACUCCUUGGAUAUUGAUAAGGUGACAAGACCUCAGGAACUGGACUUGACAUCACAGGGGCAACCGAUCACUGAGCACUCCUAUUUGGACAGGGAAACCUCCCUCCUUCUGAGAAACAUUGCAGGAAAGCCUUCUCAUUUGCUGACCAAGGAGGAACAAGCUGCUAAACUCAAAGCUGAGAAGAUUAGGGUUGCUUUAGAGAAGAUUAAAGAGGCACAAGUGAAAAAGUUGGUGAUCAGAGUCCAUAUGUCUGAUGACAGCUCAAAAACAAUGAUGGUGGAUGAGAGGCAGACAGUCAGACAAGUAUUAGACAAUCUGAUGGACAAAUCGCAUUGUGGUUACAGUUUAGACUGGUCAUUGGUGGAAACCAUCUCUGAAUUGCAAAUGGAAAGGAUCUUCGAAGAUCAUGAAAAUUUAGUUGAAAACCUUCUGAACUGGACAAGAGAUAGUCAAAACAAACUAAUGUUUGUGGAACGUAUAGAGAAAUAUGCACUUUUCAAGAAUCCCCAGAACUAUCUUCUAGGGAAGAAAGAAACCUCUGAGAUGGCAGACAGAAAUAAAGAGGUGCUGCUAGAGGAAUGUUUCUGUGGAAGUUCUGUGACUGUGCCAGAGAUUGAGGGAGUUUUGUGGCUCAAAGAGGAUGGUAAGAAGUCUUGGAAGAAACGUUACUUUCUUCUUCGAGCUUCUGGCAUCUAUUAUGUCCCUAAAGGGAAGGCAAAGGUCUCGCGGGAUCUCGUGUGCUUUCUACAGCUAGAUCAUGUCAAUGUUUACUAUGGACAGGAUUAUCGGAACAAAUACAAAGCACCCACAGACUAUUGUUUAGUGCUAAAGCAUCCUCAGAUCCAGAAGAAAUCCCAGUAUAUAAAGUAUCUUUGCUGUGAUGAUGUAAGAACUUUACACCAAUGGAUCAAUGGCAUCCGCAUUGCUAAGUAUGGGAAGCAACUAUACAUGAACUAUCAGGAAGCAUUGAAGAGAACAGAAUCAGCAUAUGACUGGACUUCCUUGUCUAGCUCCAGUAUCAAGUCAGGCUCCAGCUCAUCUAGUUUGCCAGAAUCUCAAUCAAAUCAUUCUAAUCAGUCUGACAGUGGAGUUUCUGACACCCAGCCAGCCGGACAUGUCCGUUCCCAAAGCAUUGUCAGCUCCAUGUUCUCUGAGGCCUGGAAACGAGGCACUCAACUGGAGGAAUCCAGCAAGGCCCGAAUGGAGCCUGCAGGUCGGCCCUUCGUGUCUGUGGCACCUCCUGUGUCCCCACAGACAAAAGUGGCGACGCCCUAUGCAGCAUCUCAGCCCUCCCCCCCGCUGCCCCCACCGCCUCCCCCACCCCCGCCUCCCCCGCCCCCCCCUCCCCCGCCCCCACCCCCGCUCCCCAGCCAGGCUGCCCCCUCUGCGGGCUCCCCCGCCACCAUGUUUGUCAAGUACAGCACCAUCACCAGGUUGCAGAACGCUGCCCAGCACAGCGGGCCCUUUUCCAAAGCUGCUGCUGCACAGCAGGCCCCCCCACCCCCCCCACCCUCGGGAAAGCCUCAGAUACUGGUGCCCCCCAACGGGGUCAUGCCACCUCCCCCCCCGCCGCCACCUCCCCCCACACCGGGCUCUGCCAUGGCGCAGCUGAAGCCAGCACCUUGUGCCCCCUCUGUGCCACAGUUCACACCACCGCCACCGCCCCCCAAAAUCCAUCAAGUUCAACCAAAUAUAAGCCAGGCCACCUCUGCCUCCUCACUGCCACCACCACCUCCUCCUGUGCCUGCCCCACCACCGCCCCAGGCACCCCCAAAGCCUGUCAUGGCAGCUCUCCCCCCACAGCCUAGUGGGAAGGUGGCACCACCAGGGGUCACACAUGUCACCCCCCCUGUGCCAGCUCCCUUGCCCCUUGCAAUAAAGAAACAACCAAGUGUCACCUCUCCCCAGGUACCUCCACUGCCCCCGGCCCCUCCUGGCCCCACUCCCCCACCGACGUUCCCAAAGCAGCAGAGUUUCUCUGUGAAGCCUCCUCCAUCCCCUCAGUCCCCAGUGCCAUCGGUGGUGAAGCAGAUAGUUAGCCAGUUCCCGCCUCCUCCCACCCCACCUGCUACUGAGCCCCAGCCUCUGAAACCCCUUCCACUGAGUGUGGCUCCACAGUCGCCUCCAGCAGUGAAGGCAAAGCCCAAAUGGCAGCCCACAUCUGCUCCCUCACCAGAUUUCCCCCCUCCUCCACCAGAGAGCAGCUUAGUGUUUCCUCCUCCACCUCCUUCCCCAGCUUCCUCUGCAGGUUCUCCCCCCCCUGACAAAUCAGGGUCUCCGGUCAAAAAGACCAGCAAGAUAUCAAGCCCUGGAGGGAAGAAACCACCUCCAACACCUCAGCGAAAUUCAAGCAUCAAGUCCACCAGCUCCACUGAGUACCAUGAGUCCAAGAGACCUUCAGUGGACCGCCUUGUCAGCAAAUUUGCACACCCACCAGAGCCGUCAGGGUCUCCUUCCAAGGAGUCAUCGCCUCCUGCAGCCCCUCCAAAGCCAGGAAAGCUGAACCUUUCUGGGGUGAGCCUGCCCAUUGUCCUUCCGCAAGGAGGCAUCCUGGUGAAGGCUUCUGCUCCGGGUGUGUCUGGGAAGGAACCUGUGGUCGAAUUCCCUUCUCCACCGUCCGAUUCAGACUUUCCACCACCACCACCUGAAAUAGAUCUUCCUCUCCCGCCAGUUGAGAUCCCAUCUGUGUUUUCAGGCAGCACCUCCCCAAAAGUCGCUGUUGUCAAUCCCCAGCCUCAGGUGUGGUCAAAACCAUCUGUGAAAAAAGCCCCACCACCCACACGUCCCAAGCGGAAUGACAGCACUCGACUGACACAGGUAGAGGUCGCAGAGCCACCAGGGUCAGCUGGCCCUCAAGUGCCCACUUCACCCAAGUCCAGCCUUAGCGUUCAGCCAGGAUUCCUGGCAGACCUCAACCGGACACUGCAGCGGAAAUCCAUCACCCGGCAUGGCUCCCUCUCCUCCGCGCGGAUGUCCAGAACAGAGCCCACAGCCACCAUGGACGACAUGGCCCUGCCUCCGCCUCCGCCAGAGUUGCUGGCUGACCAGCAGAAGACGAGCAGCUUUGGAGGCAGUCAUAUAUCCGGCUAUGCAACGUUACGGAGGGGGCCACCCCCUGCUCCUCCCAAAAGGGAUCAGAACACCAAGCUGUCUCGGGACUGGUAGUCAGUCCCCAGGGGCCGGUGCUCUCCGUGACUUGUGGGCCGCUCCAUGAUCGGCCAGCCUAUGAUCUUGCGCACUUGGAGAGAACGUGGGGACGUGGAUGAUAGCCCCAUCAAAGGAGGUGAUCUCAAACUGUAGCUAAGGCUAAAUAUAAAGACCUUCCCCUUUUAUGGCUAGGCCAAAAAAGUUGGGGGCUUGGGGGUGUCAAUAUUUUAUUGGGAAAGGUGGGUAGAGAGGCAUUGACUCACCCUUUCAAUUUCUUUUACCCUUCAUAUGGAUUGGACCAAAAACCCGUUUUCUUACUUUUUCUGCAUUUAGGGGUAGGGGGGGGAGAUAAAUUUUUGUAGUGUCUGUCCAUGUGAGACCUGUUUGUGCAUGUAUUAUAAGUGUAGGUAUAUAAUAUAUUGUGAUAUACUUCGUCGCAAUUAUAGAAGAUAACCAGAAUGUUUUUGUAGAACCGUAUUUAUUGUUUCAGUCACUAUAUUAUCUGGAAUGGGACUCCGUAACUAGUCAAAUCUUACCACAAAGAUGAAGAUGUAGGGGGCACUUUAAAGAAAGGAAGGAAAAAAAAAAAAACAAAACAAAGCAAAAAAAAAAACCUCCCCCCACAAACUCUCAGCAGUUUGUGGUGGGUAAACGGUGCAGAUCUGAGGUGUUCUGCUAGUAACUGUAUAUUGUCCAUUGAAUGAAAAAUGCAGAUGCAACAUACCAAAACAUUCUGGUCGUAGUACUACUGAAAAUGAGUAUGUUUUGGGAAGAAAAUAGAUUUUAUAUAUAGUGGGCUGGAGUGAAAUAUAUUUAUACUAUAAAGAGCCUCCCCCUCCCUUCUAAAUAGUUUAAAUAUAUACACUGCUACAAAUUAUUUCAAAGUUAUUUGUCCAUGCAGUAAGUAGGAUAAAUAUAUAUUAUUCCAAUCCAUUAUGCAUUCUAACUUCAUCGUAGGCUCGAUCUUUUGUUUUUAUGGCUCGAGAUGAAUAUAUUUGUGUUAACCCCUUCUGAAAGCUGCCAGGACUCCUGCAACCAAUGCCGACCCACAAGGCUGACCCACGCCAAUACAUCACUUGUACGUGUAGUUCUUUCCCUGAAGGAACAGGUAGGUUUCCGUGGAUAGUGUUAUGCUCUCGCACAAACAUACGCAGCGUACAGUCUCACCUUGUCUGUGCCUGGUAAGAUGUAUUAUCUUCACCAAAACAAGUGUCUGGAAACAUUGAAAGAAAGUCUUAUUUGUAAUUCAUUAGAAACCAUCAGGAAACUUUCCCUUCGAGAAGGAGAGAAGGGAGUGGUAACUUCAGGCCAAGCACAGUGCGAAUUCUCUCUCUUUUCUUUGACCUGCCAGAGACUGCGACCAAUGCAUAAACCUGUUAAGUACAAAGUUGCACUUCUAGCAGUCAAGGGUGAAGACUGGAAAAAACCUCAACCUUGAGAGGCAAUAACAUUUGCUAAUAAUUUAAUUUAAGGGCCCGUAUGAGUAGGAAAUAGACUGUCAUAUUUGCUUUGGGUUUUUUGGUUGCCACCGCUUCACAGUCAAUCAUCAGAGCAAGUACUAGAGUCCUCUUUCUUGUACUUCCGUAGCUUGAUAGUACAGUCUUACCCACGUAUUCGGACACUGUGAUAAGGUGGUGUAGUUAGUCUAAGUGGUCUUAUGUAGCGUGUGUGGUCAUUACAGGGUAGUGUUACGCAGCCUGUGUAACGUAACUAAAACUCUCAGACUGCACCUACCCCAUCUUCGGUUGUUAACAACAUCCCUCGUCACCGUGGGGAUACUGUCAAGGCUCAGAUGGCAAAUGAUUUUACUGUUUACCUUUUCUCCAAAAGCAAAUUCAAAAUGCUUUCUUUCCCCCAAAUAAUGAAGCAAAGGAAGCAGCCUGACCUGACAGUAUCCUCAAGAGUGUAAAAAAGUUGUAAAAUAAUCUCUCAUUAGUGUAAGUCAGGCUGAUAGACUUCAGACAUAUCGUGACAGUGUCCCCCAUUCCUUUUUUUUAAGUGUUUUUUAAAAAAUCCAAAUAAUAAAAUAAAUGUCUUUGUGAAUAAUUUAUGAAUAGGAAAAAAGCUUUGCUAAUUAGAGGGGAAAAUGACAUCUAUAACUAUAUAGUUUUAAAAACGUGCAUCAUAAAAAGAGAAAAAAUAAUGGUGCUGUCUCUGCUGACCUGUUUCGUAUGAUUUUUUUAAAAUCUGUUUCAGCACCGCUGGAAAUUGUUUUAAUAUUUCAGACUAGUUGUUUUGAGCAAUAAGAGUAUAUACCAUUGUGUGCAUUUUAAAAGCACUGCUAUGGAAAGGCACUUUUUUGUAUCUUUCAAAUUGUUCACAAAGUUUUGUUUCUACUAUUUUUGUGCUUAUGAAGUGUCCUUAAAAGCAUUUGCAUUGUUGAUUUUAAGCAUGCUCAGUGUAGCUGGUGAAUAACUUCACAGGAAGGUUGUUAAGCUAUACUGCAAUUCAUGGGUGCUGUAAUUUUCAACAUUGGUCCUCCUGCUGCGUGGUACUGUGUGCCGCUCCGGGGGCUCACACCCACCCGUGGAGCAAAAGGUGCGGAGGCACAGCCGUAACUCCCAGCUGUCACUGUUGGUGGGUGGGUGGACAUGAUCUCGUACUGCCUGGCAAGACGCAUCUGGGCUGAUGCAGCCUGCGCUCCCAGAUAAGAGCAGUCAGGGAAUUCUGCGUGCCCCAUCUGGUUUCCUUUUCUCCCGAGAAAGCUCCACUGGUGUGUGUCAGUUCCAGCCUUUUUUCUUUUGUUCACUCUGUGCGGGUACCUCUGGGCUUUGGACUCAGCAGAGCAAUGUUGUGAGUGCAAUUUCUUCAGAGGCAUUUGAGCUUUGUUCUCAUUUUCCUGUGCCCAAGUUCACUUGCCCAGUAUCUCUCCCCAGACAAUGAAUCCAUGCCUGCUUACUGCUGCAGACUGGGAGACUGACGUUUAACUCUUAAGUUUGCAGCAAAAAGAAUGAACGUCAGCAAAGGUGGCACCCUGUAUUCCUUCCUGUUACGACUUCCUUCCUAUGCCAGUAGCGAUACAGAAGUAGCGAUGGCUGCAGCUUGCUUCCUCUCAGCUGAGCACUGAAAUUUGGCUGCAGUGUGGUUCAGACAACCUGGUUGCCUUUUCAGCUUGAGACCCCUCAUUGUAAGUUGCUUUUCCAGUGUAUUUACUGUUUCUGUGACAGUAAGUAUUUAUGCCUUAUUUGCAAGAAAGUUAUUUUUCCCCUUGUGCACUGAUCUUGUAAUUGCACCGUUAUAUUUCUUUAAAUCGGAAAACAAAGGGGCCAGAUGUCAGACACACAGCAAGAAGCUUCCUGCUACAACGAUAGCCUGUAAUCCUUUUGGCACUAUUAAAAUGAGCAUGUGAGAGCUGAGCUUUCAUAUUCUGGACACAAAGAUAGCAGCUCCUUUGAUCCUAAAAUACGAAGGAGAGUACAGCUGUAGUUGUAUUAUGUGAUGAAAGCUGUGGCCUUUGACCCUUGUUAAGGUGGGUGUCAGGGAAAGCCCCACUGCUGCAGGGGCAGCUGAGAGCAUACAGCUGCAUUCAUUAAUCUGUUCCAGAUUUGGUCUUCGUCUCCUCUCUGCCAUGCAGCGGUAGCAUCCACCUCCAUGAGCCGCAGAGUCCCUCCUGUUCAGCUGGGUUUCUCUUUGCCUGCGGCACAGGUGGAGAAAGCAGGGAUCUUGUCUUCUCAGACACUUUCAUUGUAAUUCACGUCUUGGGGAGUUGCUUUGGAAGGGAAAACUAGGCUCUUGUACCAGCACUAGUCUUAGAGGAGAAACUACUUUUAAAAACACAGGUUCUAAACAACCCCUAGGUAAUGCAUUUGAGGUGGAGAUGCUGGUGGUUCUGUUUUGUCUUUCAAAACCUGUGGCUGGGAAGGAGGUUAGGCGUAAGUCUCCCAUAGAAAAUAACAACAGGAUUGUUUCAUUGUAAGAGGAAAGCUCCUGCUUCCCCCCGUGCAGUGGUUUCCUCCUGCGGCAAACCACUGCUAGCUCUGACUUGGUGCAUGACCUCAAAGCCAAAGAGCUCCUCUCCUGAACUUACUCUGCAGUUUCCCACAGGGCAACGGUGAGUGACGGACACAUCAGGGAAACGCAGUGAAGGUACCUGGAUCGCUUUGGUUUCAGGUCUGAUGGGAGAGGGAGCAGUUUUUUCAAGUGCAUUUACAGAUUUACUGGGCUGGACUUGCACAUUUAAAAGUUUUCUAAUUUCUUCUUUCUGUGCCCUUAGGCAACCCGAUAACUCAGAUCGGCUCAGAGAUAAAAGCAUGGCCAGUUUUUUCUCUGAGUUUGAGUUUUUUUUUUUCCCACAGUAAGGAGUCAAAAGUGCCAUUUCAACAGCAGAAGGGCAAAAGAAAAAUUCUCUGCCUAUUACAGAAAACUGCAUAGCACUAAAUUGCUUUACUUCAGUGGUACCAUUGCAGGUAAAUUUGUUUCUUAUUUAGAGUAUAAUUGAGUCUUACUAUGAUUAGUACUUCAAGUACAGAGUUGCAUUAAAAUCAGUUGCACUCCAGGAAAGCAAUGUAAAUUCCUGACAGAAGGUAGUGAGGAUGCAGCCAGAACAUGUGAGUUUGGGGCUUUAUUUUUUUCCCUUUUUUCAUUGUUAAGUUGUAGGCGAGGUAGUUGUUCAAACAGUGCUCAUCAUCUGGAGGUGAGGGGAGUCUUAUUUUUUUGGGUGAGACUUCUUCCCAAAGCCCAUUUGUGGCUCCUGGCAUUCAGCUUUGCAUUCCCUCGUACAAUCGGGGCGGCCUCCAAACCAGAGAGGAUUUAACACUACAGGGGAUAGUUUCUCUUAGAUGUUUUUGUAAUGUGCUGGUGGGUUUAAAGCUUUUAUUUUGGAAUUAUAAGUAAGAUUGUCUAAAGUUGGGUAAUUUAUCUUUCUGAAAUCUUUCUCCUUCAGUUAAAAACCACCCAUGAAGGCUGACAGAAACCAGUGGUAUGUUGCAGGGGUCAGCACUCACAAUCCACUGAGUCACAGGCUUUGACUAGUUUUGAAAAGUUUAAGACACUAAAGUGCAAGUGAGGUGACAACAGAUGCUUGCCCCUCAUGCUGUAAAUUAAAGUAAUUGCCACUAAAAUGGGCAAAAUGGCAGUUUGGGUUGAUGGCUAUUUGGUGCUCUGAGGCACUCACCAGGGCUCUGUUCAUCACAGGUGUAUCUCUUUGGUGAGCAGAGCUAGAGAAGGUGGAAGACCAGGCGGAACCGGAACUGGUGCUAUAUGCACCAUCCCCCAUGGCAGGGAUUUAGAGGGAAAUGCGCGAGAAGGAAAGUGACAGAUUUUUUUGAGCCCCCCCCCUUAUUUAAAUACAUAAAGGCGACUUGUCUUUUAGGAGACAGGAAUUGAACCAGCUGUUCCCUACAGUGUAAAAGUUUCCUCCCACCUUUCCUAAGAUGCCAAAGAUGUGUUCAGAGCUAAAUUCCAGGUACGCAGAUGUGCUUGCAGCCACCUCUCCUGAGGCUGAGGUGCCAGGAGCCAAAGUGCUGCCGCGCUGCAGCAGCCGUUUGGCACGAGCACAGGGCUGCCAGGGUUCCAUGUUGUGCAUCUCCUGCUGGUAGCGGGGUACACGCCUGCACGGGGUGGGGGCAAAGGACAGUUUAGCAGACAAACCUGCGCCCAAGGCUCCCUGCUGCUGAUUUGGUGCAGCACCAUAAUGCUUGUACUUCUAAAAGGAAAACUAAAUGCUUUGUCACAAGUUAUAACUGCAAAACUUAGGUCUCCUUCUAGUGGACUGGAGCAGCAGCUUGGUUUAUGGCUUACACUAAUUGUUAGCAGCCACCGGCGCUAUUCUGUACAAUACUGGGGAUGCAAAAGUAAUGAAAAAAGUGUCAUUGCAAUGAUGAUUUGUCUGUGCAGCAAACUUGUGCUGAGUGCUGUAAAUACAUUCAUGUUUACUGCUUUAAAAAGAAAAUUGCACAUUUUCUCUUUCAAUGGGAUUGCCUCCCCUCUUCUUCCCUUUCCAAAAAGAAAAAUCAAAGCUCUUUUAGACUGAUAGCUUCAGGCUGGGAGGAGCUUUGCCAUAUUAUAAAUAUAUAUAAAUAUAUGUAUAAAUAUACUUUUUUAAGCAUGGGAGAGGACAAAAGAAAUACUACAUUAUAGAGUACCCGAUAUAGAUCAUUAUACAAUGGAAUAUGCACAAUUCAAUAAAGAUGUAGUUAAAUUUAAUAA